UCUAAAUAUAAAUAAAAUGUAUAGCUAUAUCUAAUGCCUAAUGAUUUUGUAUUCAUCAAUAAAUAUAAAACAUAAACUAAGUGAAAUGCCCACAAUAAAUUAAUUAGAAAAAGAAAAGGAAAGAAAGUAUUUUUCAGCGAUCACUGGAAAAAAAGAACACACAGCCCUCAUUAUGACCAAUUUCACCAGCAUCAACUCCACCGCUCCGCCGCCAUCCACGGCGGCGCAUGCGCAUCCACACAGCUCCUACAUGUCGCCUCUACCAGGCGUCCUCUGCCUAGUGGCGCUCAUCGCAAUCCCCGUGAUUUCAUACACCUUCUUCAUGGCAAUAAGGUGCCCUCGGCGGGGGCCAGCAGCGCCGCGGCCCGCGGCGGAGGGCGGAUACAAAUCAGGGAGGAUGGAGCUGGUGUGCGGCGUGAAGUACAGGAAGACGGCGGCAAGCGGCGGGGAGCCGUGCCCGGUGUGCCUGUCGGUGUUGGCGGAAGGAGAGGAGAUAAGGCAGCUGAGCGCGUGCAAGCACGCGUUCCACGCCGCGUGCGUCGACGUGUGGCUCUACUCCCACUCGAGCUGCCCCGUCUGUCGCGCCACUGUGCCGGUGAAGCGGGCUCUCACCGCCGGCGAGGAUGAUUUCCACCAUGGCUUGCCUGAUGCUGCUACUUUGAUUUGAUUUCAUUUCAUCUCUCUCGCUACAAUCUCGUCGGAAUCAAUGAUUUUCACCUCCUCCCUUUUUUCCCCCUAAGAUUAAUUAUUUGUUUUGGUUUAAUUUCUGGGCUUGUUCGAAAAUUUGGCUGCCCAAAUCCAAGUUUUAGUGCAAUGUGGACUGCGGAGAUGUGUUUUUAGGUGUACAAAUAAAUUUUUGGGCAAA